UUCAUUUUUGUUACGUUGGUAGUUUUGCACCAACUGUCACCGAUUGUUGUCUUAACUGUCAUUUCGAUUUUUACAAAUUUCAGUCAUGAGCGACCAGGAGUCGGAGACCCCCCCCGAGAUGAGCCCCCACGACGUGGAGAAACAGGAAGAGGCGAAACUCAAAGCCAAGUACGCGGGGUCGUCGGGUGCCCCCAACCGACUCAUGGGGGGUCAUUCGGCCUUCCUGCAGAAACGUUUGGCCAAAGGACAGAAAUUCUUCGAUUCGGGGGAUUACCAAAUGGCCAAGCAGAAACUAGGAGGUGUGAAUAAGGUGAAAACGGUCCCUGUGCCUGGAUUCACCACUGGUGAAGCAAUCCCGACGCCUGAGACUGUACCCGCGAGAAAAACGUCCAUUAUACAACCGUCUAAAUUCACGUCGAAUGUCAGCUAGUUUUUUAAGUAACGUUUAAGUUUGUAGUUGUUGGUUCCUUACUAAUUUAUUUUGUUUAUUACACACUUUUCACUAAAUGGGAUUCAGAUAUUGGCAUUUUUUAAGUACUCAAUAAAUUUUUUCUUUCCAAUGUU